AUGCCCUUGAAAUACACCAACAAACUGCAAGGCAAGCGGGUGGUGAUUAUCGGUGGCACCAGUGGUAUUGGCUUCGCGGCCGCCGAGGCAGCCGUAGAGUAUGGUGCAAUUGUGGUCGUGGCCAGUUCCAAGCAAGACAAAGUCGACAGGGCCGUCGAGAGGAUCCAGAAAGCGUAUCCGGACGCAGGUGAUCGCAUCCGCGGCAAGACUCUCGAUUUGAGCUCAGAAGAUGUGGAGGAGCAGAUUGUGGCUCUUUUCGACUUUGCAACCGAUGGCGCGAAGCACAAACUACACCACGUUGCAGAAACAGCUGGCGGCGCCUUUCGCAUGAUGCCUCUCACUGAAGUCACGCCGACAGCUAUAGCAGAAGUCGCAAAGGUCAGGCUCACCGGCUGUACGAUGCUGGCAAAGAUCUCGAUGCGGUACCUCGAGAUCAGCCGCACCUCUUCUUUCACAUUGACCAGCGGAGUGAGCGACGCCAAACCCACCACUGGAUGGACGAUUAUGGCUCCCAUUGGGGCGGCCAAGAGAGGCUUGACCCAUGCUCUUGCCAACGACAUGAAACCUAUCCGCGUCAAUUGCGUUUGCCCGGGCGCCGUCAAGACGGAACUGUUUGACCAAUUUGCGGGUGAUGGAGAACAGCAGAAAAUCGUGGACUUUUACACGGCUAGGACAUUGAUCGACAGUAUUGGAGCCCCAGAGGAUCUGGCAGAGUGUUAUAUUUCCAUCAUGAAGAACUAUUUUAUGACCGGGCAGGAGAUUACUGCGGAUGGGGGCUAUCUGCUCUGCUAG